AUGUUUCUCAGAGCGUUAAGUGAGGCAGACAGUGAAUCUGAAUCAGAAAAAGAAUCCUCUACCAUCACAUCAAGUGGGUUCAAAAAUGUCCUUGAUGCUCCCGUGGUCCCUACAAUGGAGAUCCCAUUCUCAUCGCAGGAUGUCAUCUCUAGAAUUGAUCAAGCACAGCUCUGUCGAGCCAAAAAGGACAUUUCUAUUCAACUGAAUGACAUAUUGUGCAAUGUGACACGGAUAAUAAAUCGCUAUACUGUUGAUCAGAGCUUGGUCUUUGGAAAGAGAGCCUCCAUUGUAGAAUAUAACAGAAACCAGAGAUCCAAUUUUAUGGAACGAAUAUCUACUUUUUCUCAUACUCUUGAAGUUAGAGAAAAGAUUCUUGCUCAAAUCCUGGCCUGGCUGGAAGAAUGGAGUGUCAUUUUGUCUAAUGUUACUACAACUGAGGUUGAAGAACACAGUCACUGGGUAGCACAAAUGGAGAUAUUACCAGCGACACUCAGAGCUAUUGAGAGCUAUGUCAAGAUACUGAGUAAAAUUAGUCUGUCCCUGUUUGAAGACAAGAAGAGACAAAAGAAAAAAACAAUAUCUAGAGGUACUCUAUGGAAACCUUGGAAAGAAAGGGUUACAAAGCGACCUGCAACAGCCCAUGCUUUAAGACCAGAUCAGAUGAUUAGUGAUGAAUUUACAACAAAUGCAAAGGUUUCAGAAAUCCGAGAUAUGCUACAGGAACUUGUAGGCUCGUCACUGUUUAGUAAAAUGGAAAACAAUGCUAUUAAAUACAUGUCAUCAACAAUAACUAACCUUUCUGAAGCUUUGCAUAUAGUAAAUGAAGAGUUAAAAAUUCAACUACCAAGUGACAAUAUACUUUUAGAUGAGACAGAUAAAACAGAAAAACAGUUCUCUGUAAAAAUAAUAGAAGAUCUUAGCGAAAAAAAUGAAAUACUUCAACAGCAACUUCAAAACGCAGAAGAAAAAUGUGAACAACUUAUUCGAUCCAAAGGUUUUCUAGAACAACAGUUACAAGUAUUAGCAGCAGCAUCCUUGGAAGUGUUGCCUAAGCCUUCUCAACAGUCAUCUGUGUCCCUUGUCAAAGAGGAUAAUAUAGAGGACAGUAUGGACGCUAUUUUGGCCAAGGAAUUUGAAAUUAUUGCAGAUGAGAGUCCAAAAAAGGGGACCAAAAGCCCUGGAAUCAAAUGGGACCUAGCUAUUUCACAUGCAGUUCAAGAUAAAAUGACUCCACAUUCAAUUAAACAACAGCGUACUUUACCUGAUAAAACCCACAAACUAUCUCCUGAAGUUAUCACUGAAGAUAAAGCUGGUAUCCAUCAAAAAGACAAGAUUGACCAGUAUCAAUCACAAAAUAGAAUGCGCAUAGAAAAAACACACAUGGGUGAAACCUCUGGAUCAAAACUGAGUGAUGAGAAAGGUGAACAAAAAGAUUCAAGGGACAAACCUGAGCCACAUGCACUGGGAAAGAAGGGAAAAGUAAUAAAACCCCCUUCUGAAGCCAAAUCAAAGUUAACUACUGAAUCAAAAGGCCAAUACACACCUACUGACUCUUCCUCUAUUGUAACAAGGAGACAAAGUGACAAAAGUGUAGCAGGUAGUAAGUGGGAGAGACUCAGGGUCAAACCUUAUUAUCAAGCUGACAGAAGAAAAUUUUCUUCAGAGCUUUCCACAAGUGAGUCAAAGGACAAAGAGAGCAAAACUGAAAUGAGUAGCCCAGCAGAGUCAUUCAGGCCCAUUCAAUUUGAGAAGAUGAAAGAAAAGACACACCAUAUUUCUCCAGAAAGAAAAACUGAGGAGAAAGAAAUGUUAGCCUUACCCAAACAGGCCAAACCACAUGAACUUGUCAAAUCAUAUUCAAGAACAGCUAAAAAGACUUCAGAAUUUGCAAGCACAGUCAGCAAACUCAGUGAACAGAGCAGCCUAGAGGAAUUUCAGAAAACCAUAAUGACUUUCCUAAAAGAAAAAAUUGAUAAUGUAGGAAAACCUUUUGAUCAAAAGACUGAGCUGACAGAAGAGUUAUUAUUAAAAAGAGCAGAAGCCAAAAAAUUAGGAAUCAUAAAGGACAAAUUGGAGGAAUACUUCCAAAAGGUGGCUGAAAUCAUUACUAAAACCCUGAAGAAAUACAAAGAUAUGAAAAGGGCAGGACAAGAUGGCGAGAAACUGAAGCAAUCAAAAGAGGUAGGCUCAUUUAGGCCAGAAUUACAGACUCAAAAGACAUCAACUAGUGCAAAGUCUGAAAUUAGCACCUUCCUCUCACAUGAAAACAUGGAUCCAAUAAUUAACAACUUAGUACAAAUGAUCUUGACUGAAAUAGAAAGUGACAGAGAUGUUCCGGUAGUCUCAAUAUUAGGGAGAGACCACAAAGAGAAAGAACAAAGGCUUGGGGAAUAUUUGCAAGGGAGUAAAAAAAGUUCCGUCGUGAAUCUCAAACAACAGUUGCGAGGUAAAAAAGAUCUCUGGAAGGAAAGCCUUGAGAUGGUAUAUAAGAAUUUGGAGAAGGAAAAGACAGAGCAUCAGAUGAAAGUGGGAAAGCAAUUCCAAGAGAAACAGAAACCCUGGCAUGAAAAAGAGGCGAGGAAGGGACAGCAAAAACAAUGGACUGAGCAGGUACAGAAACAAAAGCAAAGGGGAAAGGAAGAAGAAUGGUGGCAGAUGAAAGAGAAAGUAAUACUCUUAAAGGAGGAGGAGAAAAUGAAGCAGGUUCCGGAGGAAGCAAGACAGCUAGAGCUUACAAGAAGAUGGGAGAAACAGGAGGAGAAGCAAAAGUUGAGAACAAGUUUUGAAAGACAGAGGCAGAAAGAGGUGAUGGAUCAGGUGACAAUUAAGGAGAAAAAACCUGAAGACCUAGAAAGAAUGUUACCAUCUGACAACAUCCAAUCUUCUGGGCAGAAGAGCAUGCUAAAAGAUGCAUCACACUUCUACCCAAGAAAAGAGAUCCAAACAAGUCCAAAGUCAUUUGAGAUUCUUCCUGAUGGACAGCACACCACACCAAUCAUUCCUCCCACUUCUAUGCAGUCCUCCCCACCUGAGGUCUUCCCUGGUCUUGGAGACUCUCACUCAAAGUGGACCACUCUCUCUCCUGAGCAGGCCCAGGCGUUAGGGAUGACCCUCGACACCACUCAGGCCCAAGAGCAAAGAAUCACUUUUGCCCCCAAACAGGCCCAAACAGAAACAAUCACUUUGACCCCUAGACAAGCUCAGUCACUAGGGAUGACCCUCACCCCUGAGGAGGCUCAGACACUGGGUAUUACCCUCACCCCUCAACAAACCCAGACAAGGGGGGUCACCCUCACCCCUGAGGAGGCCCAGGGAAGGGGGGUCACCCUCAACCCUGAGGAGGCCCAGGAAAGGGGGAUCACCCUCACCCCUCAGCAGGCCCAGGCAUUGGGGGUCACCCUCACCCCUCAGCAGGCCCAGGCACUGGGGAUCGCCCUCACCCCUCAGCAGGCCCAGGCACUGGGGGUCACCCUCACCCCUCAGCAGGCCCAGGCAAGGGGGGUCACCCUCACCCCUGAAGAGGCCCAGGCAAGGGGGUACAGCCUCACCCCUGAAGAGGCCCAGGCAUUGGGGAUUGCCCUUACCCCUCAGCAGGCCCAGGCAUUGGGGAUCGCCCUCACCCCUCAGCAGGCCCAGGCACUGGGGGUCAUCCUCACACCUGAAGAAGCCCAGGCAAGGGGGAUCACCCUUACCCCUCAGCAGACCCAGGCAAGGGGGAUCACCCUAGCCCCUGAGGAGGCCCAGGCAAGGGGGGUCACCCUCACCCCUCAGCAGGCCCAGGCAUUGGGGAUCACCCUCACCCCUCAGCAGGCCCAGGCACUGUGGGUCACCCUCACCCUUGAAGAAGCCCAGGCAAGGGGGGUCACCCUUACCCCUCAGCAGACCCAGGCAAGGGGGAUCACCCUCACCCCUCAGCAGGCCCAGGCACUGGGGGUCACCCUCACUCCUGAAGAAGCCCAGGCAAUGGAGGUCACCCUUACCCCUCAGCAGACCCAGGCAAGGGGGAUCACCCUAACCCCUGAGGAGGUCCAGGCAAGGGGGGUCACUCUCACCCCUCAACAAGCCCAGGCACUGGGGAUUGCCCUCAGCCCUCAGCAGGCCCAGGCACUGGAGAUCACUCGUACCCCUGAGGAGGCCCAGGCAAGGGGGGUCACCCUCACCCCUGAGGAAGCCCAGGCAAGUGGGAUCAACCUCACCCCUGAGGAGGCCCAGACAAGGGGGGUCACCCUCAUCCCUGAGGAGGUCCAGGCAAAGGGGGUCACCCUCACCCCUGAGGAGGCCCAGGCAAGGGGGGUCACCCUCACCCCUCAGCAGGCCCAGGCACUGGGGAUCACUCUCACCCCUGAGGAGGCCCAGACACUGGGGAUCGCCUUAACCCCUCAGCAGAUCCAGGCAAGGGGUGUCACCCUCACCCCUGAGGAGGCUCAGGCACUAGGAAUCACUCUCAUCCCUCAACAGGUUAAGGCACUGGGGGUCACCCUCACCCCUGAACAAGCAAUGGCACUGGUGAUUCCUUUCAUACCUGCACAGGCACAGGAAUUAAGGAUUGGUCUUACACCAGAGCAGACCCAAGCAUUGGGGAUCACUCUCACCACUGAGCCGGUGUAUGAAUCGGGGUUCCCUCUUACUCCUGAGCAGGCUCAGUCAUUGGGGGUCCCUCUCAGCUCUGAGCAGUCCCAGGCUUUAGGGGUUCCUCUCACUAAAGAGCAGGCCAAGAAAUUGGGGGUCCCUAUCACUCUGGAAGAUAUUCAAGGACUACAAACUCUUAAGCAGACCCAUAUUCUGGGGGUUACUCCCUCUCCUGAACAGGUCCAGGCAACAGGGAUCUCAUUAAGUCUAAGAGUUCCUCUUACUGUGGGACGAGCCCAGGAAUUGGGCAUCCCCAUCACCUCAGAGAAUGCCUGGGUGUCAACCGCCACGCCUACCCUUAAGCAGGUCCAGGCCUUGAGGCCCUUUAUUACUUUAGAGCAGGCUAAAGCAUUGGGGAUUCCUCUCACUCCAGAACAGUUUAGGGAAUUAGGGAUCCCUCUAGCCUCAGAUAAAGCCCAUGAGUUGGGAUUGUCCUUUAUCCCUGAGGAAGUUCAACCUUUGUGGGGCCCCGCUAUCCCAGGACAGGCCCUGACAAUGGGUAAUACUCUCAUGCCUGAGCAAGACCUAAAAUCAAGAGCUCCUUCCACUGGUGAGCAACCCUCACAACUCUGGACUGGUCCUCCUUCAAGACACACUCCAGAAGUUAGUGAUCAAGCCUUCACACCAAGUGCUUCUAACAUUUCUAAGCAGUUCCCCAUAUUAGCUCCUCCUACUGUUACACCAUUUCAAGAAUUGAAGGCGCCUGUCUCCCCCAGGCAACUCUUUACAUCAAGAUUUUCUCUAAGCCCUAGGCAGUUCAUGGCAACAUCUGUUAUUCCUGAGACAUCCUCUAUACUUGGGAUCUCUUCUCCUUUGCACAUAUCAAGACCUUCUCUCACCAAAUCCCCCUAUUCUUUUGAGAGAACCCUAGUAAUUGGAACUGCUUCUGACUCUAAGAAGUUACUAACACCACAUACCCUUCCUUCCUCUACGAGUCGACCCAUGCCUAAGAAGUUCCUGGCACCAGAGGUCCCUCCUACACCUAGGCAGUUCUUUAUAUCCAAAGACUCUUUCAUUCCCCAGUCACCCCCAAUAUUAAAGCCUUCUCUCCCUUGCAGGGAAUCUAUACCUGAAGUCCCAACAGCCUCUAGACAGAUUCCCAGUCUCUCUCCUGGGCAGCCUUUGGUCUCUGGAGCUCAUUCCAUCUCUGAGGAAUUCCUGAAAUCUAGACCCUUUACCCCUGCUGAGUUGCCCCAGGUAUUCCAGACCCCUCUGUGGGGCCCUUCUACUCAUGGGCAGCACCUGGCAUCAUGGAUCCAUCCCACUCCAGGGCAACUUUCCCCACUACAGGUCCCUCAUGCCCAUGGACAACCCCCCACAUUAUGGGCUCCUCCAAUUCCCAGAAAACCCCAGGAAGAUUUAACCUCUUCUGUCACUGAGAAAAGUAAGAAAGAAUUGGAAAUUAUUUCUUCUCUGGAAUCAAAAUCAGCAGUGGUCACUCCCACUGCUCCAAAGUUCCAGCCACCACCAGUUCCUCUCACCACUAAGAAGUUACAAAUGCCAGAGGUAUCUGACACUUUUGAAGAAUCCCAGCUGCUUCUUUCAAAAGAUCCUUUUGCCAUGAAACAAUUUAGAACAAUUCAGCCCCAUCUCACCGAUUACAUGAGGACACCAGUAUCACAAAUCCCUUACGUUGGUGAAGGAGCCCUUUCCACUCUCUUGAAGCCUAUAACAUUACUACCUUCUCUUGCUACUCAACCACCCAAAACAUCUCAGGUCUCACUUUCUGAAUGGGACCAGAAAUCCAGAUUUCCUCCUAUAGACAAGUCCUGGAUACUGAGUUCAAUUUCAGCUACCAAGAAACCCAAGAUAAUCGUGCCUCCUUCCUCUCCACAAGAUCUUGAAGAGAAGUAUUUUGUUGAUGUGAAGGCUCAGAGGAAAAACCUGGUGCUCUUAAAUCAGGCCACAAAAACUUCUGGAUUCCCUUCACAGCUGUACGCAACAGUUAGGACACUCAUAAUUGAGACACUUCAUUCAGAUGCAGUUCGGCUGGGAUACCUAUUCCGCAAGUACAUUGCCUAUCGGCUGAUCCAACGUGCCAGAAAAAACCUACUCAAACGAUUAAAAGCUAUCCAAAACACUGGGAAAGGCUAUGAGACUCAGGAUCUCUACAAAAUGCUGGGUCGAACUGAUGACUACCAGAAAAAGGUGAUGCAAAUCUGGACAGAGAAACAGAAAUCUUUAGAGCAGAAACGGAAUCAGUGCCUAAGGAAAAUGAUGUGCUUAUAUAGUCAGCUCCAAGAGACGUAUAAAUUGAACCUUAGUCAACCUACAGUGAUCACCAAUGAAAAACAGAUACUUGCCUCUACUAAAUUCAUUCACCAACCAUUCCUAGAGCUAUUAACAGAAGAAAACAGAAAAUCUAACUCAUUCGGGAAAUAUAAACAACAAAAGGAUCCUAUGGAGGCCAUCUGGAAUGUUGAUUUAUCUGCUACAAGCUACCCAAUAGCAGAGAAGACAUCGAUGCAUUCACUUUGGGCCCAGCUGGGUGGGUACCCAGAUAUUCCUAGGCUGCUUCAGCUAGAUGUCCACUCUACCUUCAGAAAAUCUCUUGCAUCCAUUCAAUCACAAAACUUAGAACGAGGUGACUUCAACAGCCUCAAAGGAUCUUGUCACGAACUUCUAUGA